AUGACUGAGGAAAAUCAAACCAAGCAAGUUACAGAGUUUACUCUCGUGGGACUGACAGACAACCCACGACUACAGGCACCUUUAUUUGUCCUGUUCCUCCUCAUUUACUUCAUCACACUGGCAGGGAACCUGGGCAUGGUUGCGUUGAUCAGGAGCAGCAGUCAGCUUCAAUCACCCAUGUACUUUUUCCUUAGCAAUUUAUCUCUCCUAGAUGCUUGCUACUCAUCAGUGGUGGCACCAAGGACAUUAAUGAACCUUCUGAUGGAGAAGAAAACAAUCUCUCUAGCUGGCUGUGCCACCCAGCUCUUUUUUUUCAUAGGUUUUGGGACCACCGAGUGCUUCCUUCUGGCUGCGAUGGCGUAUGACCGCUACGUGGCCAUCUGCAGACCUUUGCUUUACCCAUCCAUCAUGUCUCCUAGGGUCUGCAUCGUGCUCGUGACCAGUUCAUACGUACUUGGCUUGUUGCACUCUUUGGUGCACACGGACUUCACCUUCAGUCUGCCUUUCUGCCAGCCAGCCAAGGUUGACCAUUUCUACUGUGAACUCAUGCCUGUUCUAGCGCUCUCCUGCUCUGACACCCACUUCAACAGGCUGAUGGCUCAGGAAAACUGGACUACAGUGACAGAAUUUGUUUUCAAGGGGCUCACUGAUCGCCUUGACCUCCAAGUUACCCUCUUUGUGGUUUUCUUGCUCGUCUAUGUCAUCACCGUGGUGGGAAACCUUGGCAUUGUUGCUAUAGUCUGGCUUGAUUCCCAGCUUCAAACCCCCACGUACUUCUUCCUCAGCAACUUGUCCUUCUUGGAUCUGUGCUACUCCUCAGUUGUCACACCCAAAAUGCUACUGAAUAUCUCAUCAGAAAGGAAGACCAUUUCUUUUGCUGGCUGCUUCGCACAGCUGUAUAUUUACGCUGCUUUUGUAACUGUGGAGUUCUAUCUCCUGGCCGUGAUGGCGUAUGAUCGCUACGUUGCCAUCUGCAGCCCCCUGCGCUACCCUAUUGUCAUGUCCCGGAAGGUCUGUGUUUCCCUCUUGACAGGCUCCUAUGCAGUGGGGUUUUUUGUUUCUGUGGUACUCACAGGCUUUGGGCUGAGAGUGUCUUUCUGCGGCCCCAAUGUCAUUGACCACUUCUUCUGUGAUGGGCCACCACUGUCAAAACUGGCCUGCUCCGAUAUUCGCCUCAACCAAGCGCUGAUACUUGCUUUUGGGGGCUUCAACGAGGUGACCACUGUAUCCAUCAUCCUCAUCUCCUACGGCCACAUCCUGCUCACCAUCCUGAGGAUGGGCUCUGCGCUGGGCAAGCGCAAAGCUUUUGGUACCUGUGCAUCCCACAUGGUGGUUGUCACCAUCUUCUAUGGAACACUUCUCUUCAUGUACCUGCGGCCCAGCUCCAGCUACUCCCUGGGCAGGGACAAAAUCGUUUCUGUCUUUUAUGUAGUGGUGAUCCCGAUGUUGAACCCCUUCAUCUACAGCCUGAGGAACCAGGAGGUGAAAAGUGCUCUGAAAAGAGCAGUAGGGAGAGUAAUUAUUUUCCUGCUAAAGAGGUAA